ACCGGGGUCCCACCUGUCCUGCCGCCCCCUCCCCUCUCAGGAGCUGGGCGGUGGUGGGAGGAGGAGGGCGGGAAAACCGACGAUGCCUCUGGGGUUUCUAGGUCGCGCGUCUGUUAACCGCAAACCGCCCAAAGUUGAGCUAGAGCAGCUCCCAGGACUUUCUUGACCACAGCGAUUUUGAAGUGUAGCCACCGUCUUUUCCAGUUUUAGAAAAGCUUUCCCGAAGUUUGGAAUGCUGACGAUGGUCGUGUUAUUUUUAACUUCCUGAUAUUUGAAUGGCCAGGUGUCAGCGACCAUCCUUCCGUUCCACGGAGGCGGCUCUGAAGUUUGGGUCGGAUGCGCGCGCUUGGAAUGCGCGUGGAACCCGCGGCGGGCGCGGGGAGGAGGCCUUGAGUAGGGCUCCGGCGAGGUUCGAGUUUGCCCGCCCCGCGACCUGAAAGAGAAGGGCCAGCCCUUCACACCCGGAAGAGAAGGGCCAGUGCCCCCAACACCUGGCACCGGGGGUCGCUGGGCCGCGGGGUCGUGGCAAGCACGGGUCCUCUCAGAUCGCUGGGCCUGAGCGCUGGCUGCUGAGUUUUUCCUUCGUUAAGGAAGUGUGAAACUGGUCUGAAUCGGUUGACCACCGUAAGGAAAUGGGAUUUACACUGUGGACAGAGAUGUGUCCUUUUCACUUCAUUUGAACCAAUAUGCUCGUGCCCCCAUGGAGGCUGAGUUGGAAAGUGAUAGGAAGCUGCCCCCGCAAGAGAGUAGGUGCUCGGUUUCUCUUCUGCUUACAGGAGAUGCAUGUCCUGAUUUCUUGUUCUCCUAGGUGUUUUUAUUGAGAUGUAGGGAAUAUCUGAAUUCAUAACGACUUAGAAAAUCUGUACACAUAGUUGAGAGAAAUAACAGGUCUCGAGGCUAAGGUGCUGUUUACUCCCAUGGGCUGGCCUCUUAUUAAAAUACUUGUGCAGCGAUUGAUGUUUACAAAUUACUAUGUUGGAGGUUAAAAUGAUCAGAGUGAUAGCCUCCAUCCUGUCUAUCAUGUUUAAGGAGAAUUGGUUAUUUAGUUCACUAAUGUUCUAUUUAAACAAAAUUUCUGUAAAACUAGUAAAUGUUACCCCACAUUCUUUGUAAGUUAAAAAAAAAAGUUUAAUGUUUGCUCAUCAAAAGUGAUUUGAUACUUUUGUUCUGUUUAGGAAAUCUGUAUUCUCAGAUUUCUCAUUCCGCAGAAAUAAGGAUCUGGCAUGUCAACACAAACAUAGGACGUUGAUGCAGUCAAAGGGAAAUAACUGCUGCCCUGACUCUGCUGAGAGCCUCACAAGUCCCUGUGCACGCCAGCUUAUUUGCCAUGAAUAACCCUAUACCUUCCAAUUUGAAAUCAGAAGCAAAAAAGGCUGCCAAAAUAUUAAGAGAAUUCACAGAAAUAACUUCCAGAAAUGGACCUGAUAAGAUCAUUCCUGCUCAUGUAAUUGCGAAGGCUAAAGGCCUUGCAAUUCUGUCUGUGAUCAAAGCCGGCUUCCUGGUGACCGCCAGAGGAGGCAGCGGGAUUGUACUGGCGCGCCUUCCAGAUGGAAAAUGGUCUGCACCCUCAGCCAUUGGAAUAGCUGGCCUUGGUGGGGGAUUUGAAAUAGGAAUUGAGGUAUCAGACUUGGUGAUAAUUCUGAAUUAUGACCGUGCUGUGGAAGCUUUUGCGAAAGGCGGAAAUCUAACCCUUGGAGGGAACUUGACUGUGGCGGUCGGGCCCUUGGGAAGGAACUUGGAAGGCAACGUGGCCCUGAGAAGCUCGGCCGCCGUCUUCACAUACUGCAAGUCGAGGGGACUCUUCGCAGGCGUGUCUUUAGAAGGCAGCUGUUUGAUUGAAAGGAAAGAAACUAAUAGAAAAUUUUAUUGUCAAGAUAUCCGAGCUUAUGACAUUUUAUUUGGAGAUACACCGCGGCCUGCUCAAGCUGAAGAUCUUUAUGAAAUUCUUGAUUCCUUUACCGAAAAGUAUGAAAAUGAAGGACAACGAAUCAAUGCAAGAAAAGCGGCAAGGGAGCAGAGGAAGUCUUCUGCUAAAGAAUUACCUCCAAAGCCACUGUCGAGACCACAGCAGUCACCUGCACCAGUCCAGCUGAACUCUGGCUCUCAAAGUAACAGAAAUGAAUAUAAGCUCUAUCCUGGACUUUCCAGCUAUCACGAGAGAGUUGGCAAUUUGAAUCCACCCAUAGAAGUGACAGCGCUGUAUUCAUUUGAAGGACAGCAGCCUGGGGAUUUGAAUUUUCAAGCUGGAGACAGAAUCACAGUUAUAUCAAAAACAGAUUCACAUUUUGAUUGGUGGGAAGGAAAGCUUCGAGGUCAGACUGGCAUUUUUCCAGCCAACUAUGUAACCAUGAAUUAAAGCGUAUACUAUUUUCUUCUUUGAGAAUUACCAAAAAAAAUUAUUUCUACACUGACAGGAUUUACUAGUUAAGCAAUGUUUAAUAUAAAUUUUAAAAACUUCUACACAAUUUCCAUUCAGUAUGUAAAAGAUCUUGUUUUUCUAUAUAAAAAGAGUUGACUGACAUAUCUUUAAAUACUUUGUACUAACUUUAUCACACAUGCUGUGCCAUAGACUAUCCUACAAUUUAUGUGCUCAUAGUUCUUUUGUGAACAUUUUCAAACAUCACUAAGCAUUUGAUCUGGCAAUGUAUAUGAUAGCUGUAUUUUAAUUUGAGAAUCUUGAGGGUAGAGCCAUGAAUUUCAAUGCAUACAUUUCCAUUUGCAAAGUAACUGGAGAAAAAGAAAUCAGCUUAAAUGAGGUAUGAAGUAAUGUUUAGAGUUGUAGCUAUUAACUAGAAUAUGAAUCCUUAGAAAUCAUAUUUAUGCUUUCAAAAAUUGUAGUGUGCAUUUAUCAUAGAAAUAUGAUUACAAAGAAGUCCUACUACCAUGUCUUUAGACAUAUGACAUCUCUCAACUUUUCUUCCUUAUGGGGCUACAUUUGUUCAUUUCCAUCAGUAGCAUAAACUUACGGUGAUGUGGUAGACUUGUCUGUAAAUAAAAUUUUUAAAAGUUUACUAACUUAAUAUUUCAA